AUUCACCCCUCCCCACCUCCUCUCCCCUCACUCUCAUUUUUCUUUCCCCCAUUUUCCCUCCAUUUUGUCGAUCUGUUCCUCUUUGCUUUCUCUCACUCCGGAAGGUAAUCUCAAAAGCUUUUGUCAGUGAUGGAGGACUGGGAAGAUGAUCAGAGCCCAGUUGUGACCAACACGACUUUUGGGAAUGCUGAGAACUCUUGGAACAAUGGGAACCAACAAAACAGCUUGAAAAGAAUCACAAAUGACAAUAAGGAAAGUUCUUGGAAAAGUGCCGGUGAUGGUUUUGGUAGUCAAGAUGGAGACAAUGUUUGGGGUUCAAGGAAAGGAAGUGGAGACUUUAAGAGCUUCAGUUCAGGUGUUGAUGAAAAUGGAAAUAAAGAAGUUGAUGGUGGUAACUCGUGGAAUGGUGGAGACUGUUUCAGAGGAAGAGGAAGCAGAGGAAGAGGACGAGGAGGGUUUAGAAAUCCCUUCAACUCUGAUUCCCAAAGUGACUUUGUUGGCAGAGGUGGGCGUGGGGGAAGAAGAGGAGAAGGAGGUCGUGGCACUUUCCCACAAGAGAGAAGACGUGGAGGUGGAGGUUAUAGAGGACAAGACGAGGAGGUGUUUUCCAAAGGCUCACAGAAGGAGCAUGAGGAAAAAGAAGAGGGUGAAACUACAGGACCUAAGGUCAGCUAUGUACCCCCUCCACCACCAGAAGAAGAGAACUCUAUUUUUGCUCACUAUGAAACGGGCAUCAACUUUGAAAAAUACGAUGACAUUCUCGUGGAUGUAAGCGGAAGCAACCCGCCCAAAGCGAUCAUGACCUUUGAAGAAGCGCAGCUCUGUGAGACUCUUAACAGAAAUGUUGCCAAGUCAGGAUACGUGAAGCCUACUCCUGUUCAGAAGCACGGUAUUCCUAUCAUUUUUGCCGGAAGGGAUCUUAUGGCUUGUGCCCAGACUGGAUCUGGAAAAACGGCCGCCUUCCUGCUGCCUAUUCUACAGCAGCUCAUGAACGAUGGCGUCGCAACCAGCAAGUUCAGCGAGGUGCAGGAGCCUGAGGUCAUCAUCGUCGCUCCCACCAGGGAACUCAUCAGUCAGAUUUACCUUGAAGCCCGCAAGUUUGCUUACGGCACUUGUGUGCGUCCUGUGGUGGUUUAUGGAGGUACAAGCACAGGAUUUACCAUCCGAGAAGUGUUGAAAGGUUGUAACGUGUUGUGUGGGACCCCUGGAAGAUUGCUUGACAUUAUUGGUCGUGGAAAGGUUGGACUGAGCAAAGUUCGUUAUUUGGUGCUGGAUGAAGCAGACCGAAUGUUGGACAUGGGCUUUGAGCCCACUAUGCGAAAGCUGGUGAACUCUCCCGGAAUGCCUCCUAAAGAAGAGCGCCAAACCCUCAUGUUCAGUGCCACGUAUCCUGAAGAUAUUCAAAGGCUAGCAUCUGAUUUCCUGAAGGUGGAUUAUCUUUUCCUGGCAGUGGGAGUGGUGGGUGGAGCCUGCAGUGACAUAGAGCAGAACAUCAUACAAGUCACUCGGUACUCGAAGAGGGAGCAGCUGCUGGAGCUGCUAAAGGCCACAGGGACGGAGAGAACAAUGGUCUUUGUGGAAACCAAGAGGAGUGCUGAUUUCAUUGCAACAUUUCUCUGUCAGGAGAAAGUACCCACUACUAGCAUUCAUGGAGAUCGGGAACAGCGUGAGCGAGAGAAAGCCCUCGGAGAUUUCCGCACAGGACAGUGUCCUGUCCUGGUAGCUACAUCAGUAGCUGCCAGAGGGCUUGACAUUGAGCAGGUACAAAAUGUUAUCAACUUUGACCUUCCGAAAUACAUCGAUGAGUAUGUGCACCGUAUUGGGAGAACAGGCCGAUGUGGAAACACGGGAAGAGCCGUGUCAUUUUUUGACCCGGAGUCCGACACGCCUCUUGCUCGAGCGCUGGUUAAAGUCCUUUCUGGGGCCAAGCAGGAAGUUCCUUCGUGGCUAGAGGAAGUUGCAUACAGUGCUCAUGGUACCACAGGGUUUAGCCCACAUGGAAAAGUAUUUGCCUCCACUGACACUCGCAGGGGUGGAUUUUUCCAGAAGAACUCGGAGCCACAGCCAGCUGCUCAGAGCACCUCUGCAGGAGAUGAUGAUGAUGAAGACUGGGAGUAGAUUUAUUGUUCGGUUUCUUGGUGCCUUCCUGUGUUUUAAUUUUUUUUCUUUUUACAUUAUAAAAAAGGCUGUUGGUUCAAAACAAUGGAGAGGGAAAAAAAGCCGCUAAGGCAUAGAGUAAAAGCUACAGGGUUGAACCUGGAGUUGAGCUUCGCAAUGUAACAUCUGGAGUUUUUUUUGGCUAAGUCACUUAACCGCUGUGUGUUUUGCCGUUUAGUUUUUUCACUAGAAGUGCUAUUAGUUCACUGUGUGGGGUUUUUUUUUGUGCAUUGAUUUUAAGAGGGGGAGGAGAGACUUCAACUGAAGGUUGUAUCUUCGCUCUUUCGACAAAUAGCUUUCUUCUGCCAGAUGUUUCCAGCUUGCGGUUUUCGUGUAAUUGUGUGUAAUUUUAAGGGUUUUUCAUGCCAAUAAAUUCACACAAUAGUUCUUUA